AGUGAGUGUAGUGAGUGUUUGAUUAAAAAAGUGUAAUAAAAAAAAAAUGGCUCGUACAAAACAAACAGCCCGUAAAUCGACUGGUGGUAAAGCCCCACGUAAACAAUUGGCAACCAAAGCAGCUCGUAAAAGUGCUCCUGCAACUGGUGGUGUUAAGAAACCUCAUCGUUAUCGUCCCGGUACAGUGGCAUUACGUGAAAUUCGUCGUUACCAAAAAAGUACAGAACUAUUAAUCCGCAAAUUACCAUUUCAACGUUUAGUACGAGAAAUUGCUCAAGAUUUCAAAACAGAUUUACGUUUCCAAAGUUCUGCUGUUAUGGCUCUACAAGAAGCAAGUGAAGCAUAUUUGGUCGGUUUGUUUGAGGAUACAAAUUUGUGCGCCAUUCACGCAAAGCGUGUCACAAUUAUGCCAAAAGAUAUUCAAUUAGCCAGACGUAUUCGUGGAGAACGUGCUUUAAAAAAGUGUAAUAAAAAAAAAAUGGCUCGUACAAAACAAACAGCCCGUAAAUCGACUGGUGGUAAAGCCCCACGUAAACAAUUGGCAACCAAAGCAGCUCGUAAAAGUGCUCCUGCAACUGGUGGUGUUAAGAAACCUCAUCGUUAUCGUCCCGGUACAGUGGCAUUACGUGAAAUUCGUCGUUACCAAAAAAGUACAGAACUAUUAAUCCGCAAAUUACCAUUUCAACGUUUAGUACGAGAAAUUGCUCAAGAUUUCAAAACAGAUUUACGUUUCCAAAGUUCUGCUGUUAUGGCUCUACAAGAAGCAAGUGAAGCAUAUUUGGUCGGUUUGUUUGAGGAUACAAAUUUGUGCGCCAUUCACGCAAAGCGUGUCACAAUUAUGCCAAAAGAUAUUCAAUUAGCCAGACGUAUUCGUGGAGAACGUGCUUAAUUGAAUUGAAGAAGAUAUAUAUCCAAACGGUCCUUUUCAGGAC